AUGGAAGAAGGUGAAUUCUCAGAAGCUCGUGAAGACUUGGCCGCUCUCGAAAAGGAUUAUGAAGAAGUCGGCGCAGACUCCUUGGGAGAUUCUGAAAUAGAAGAUGAUGCUGAGUACUAAAUAAAUUAUUUUGUUUCCUGCAAUUCAAUCAAACAAUAAUUCCGCACCCAGUUUUUCCCGAGUUAUUAUAGACUACAAUGGAUGGUGGCAGAAUUUAAUACACAGUUCGAAAAAACGAAAAAAAUCUCAGCGGCCCAAUCACAAUUUUGAACGACAACUAUUUGGGAAAUUCUGUACUAGUUUCUGUCACUAUUCAUUGUAAAGAAUUUAAUACGAAAUGUCUAUUCCUGUACCCUUUAGCGAUAUUGGAAAACCUAGCAAGGAUCUCUUGAGUAAAGAUUAUCCCAUUGAUGGUGUUAAAGUUGAGGUUAAGACCACGGCUUCAGACGGCAUGACCUUUAAAGUUGCUGGACACCGUGAUAGUAAGACGGGGAUUAUGGUAGCUGACAUGGAAACGAAAUAUGUAGAUAAAAAGAAUGGUGUUGCCAUAACUGAAGGCUGGACGUCUUCUAAUCAUUUAAAUAGCAAAGUUGAGCUUGAUAAUAACCUGACUAAGGGUCUUAAGCUUGAGCUGUUGACAUCAUAUGUACCCGUCGUUGACAUCAAAGUAGCCAAACUAAAUGCUAUUUACAAGAAACCCACUCUUCAUACUGUUGCAAGUGUUGAUCUCUUUAAGAGAAGCUUCAAUGUCAAUUCUGUCGUUGGUCGCCAAGGACUAGUUGCGGGCGCUGAAGUUGCUUAUAAUACAAAGGAAGCUAGGAUUAGCAACUACAGCGCAGCCGUAGGUUACUCUCAAAACAGUUACUCUGUUGCACUCUUGGCAUCAAACAAUUUAUCACACUAUGCUGCUUCAUAUUACCAUCGUAUCAACAGUAAUUUGGAGGCUUCAGGAAAGGCCGAGUGGAAUAGUAUGACGAAUGUUUUGGGCCUUGAAUUUGGUGGUAAGCUCGUACUUGAUAGUACUGCUUCAGUUAAAGGAAAGAUUACCAAUAAUGGUAUUGUUGGUGUUGCUUAUAUGCAAACCAUUCGUCCUGGCGUAAAAAUUAAUCUGGGUGCAGCUGUUGACGCGACUCGCCUCAAUGAAAGCGCUCACAAGAUUGGUCUUUCCUUAUCUUUUGAAAACUAAAAGUAUGUGAAUAAAGUUGUAUUUUAAUUUUUUCUUGUAUUAAAAAUGAAGGAAAAGCUUAUUAUGAAUCAUUCUCUUGG